AUGAAUCCCAGCAUGAGGCAACAACUAAGGCAUCUUCUCACCCCUGCCUGUUGGCUCAUAUUUUCUUCCUGCACGGGGGAAGAUUUGCAUGUGAAGGCCACACCUAGGAAACCAACUCAGGUGCAUCCACCUGCCCCAGUUCCCAGCCAUAUAAUUAGCCAGGCAGUCACUUGGGGCAGAACACAACCUAAGCCUUCACGGACCACAAGGUGCCCCGGCCCCACGCUCACCACCGCUGCUAGUUACAGUGACCCUAUGGCUGCAUUUGACUCCAGAGACAAGCCACGCGGUUCCCUCUCCCCAAUGGCAGUCGGACAACCAAAACCUGCCAAAGGUUGGCAGAGGGACAAGGACAUGGAAGACCUGUUCGACACCUUCUCCCACAAAGAGACAGAUACACAUCAGUGUGCUCCCGAGUCCGCCCCUUCCCCCGCCCCCUUCAUCCUGCGGGACGUCAAGCAGAAAGUCGUCUGCCUCCGUGCCAAGAACCUCGUGGCCGUUCAAGAUGACAGCAAUGCUGCAGCAGAUACAAUCAGCGUGGUGCCCAACCAGUUCAUGGACAGGGGGAACUACCCCAUCAUCAUGGGUGUUGAGGAUGGAAACCACUGCCUGUCGUGUGGGACGGCGUCGGAGCCUCAGCUGCAGCUGGAGAACAAGCACAUCAUGACCAUCUCCAAUAGCCAAAGCGACGCAUCACGCUUCACCUUCUUCAACACCCCUCAGGGCAACACCCACCACUUUGAGUCAGCUGCCUACCCCGGGUGGUUCCUCUGUACCUCCCAGAAAAGCAAUGAACCUGUGAGCCUCACCAACCAGCUGGGCCAGGUCAACAUCACCGACUUCUACUUCAGCCGCAAAAAUUAGGCACCAAGAGAAGCUGGCGCCUACCCAGCCAAAGCAUCUUCCCAAUGUGCCCCCAGCAUAGCCCCCAAAUUACCCUAUUUCCUCACAUACCUCACACCCUCCCUCCAUAAGAUAUAAACCUUAUUUUCUGGAAAGCAGAACUGAGGCAGAACAGCUUUCUCCAGAGGCUGAGAGAGUGAAUGGCAGCAUGAUCACCCUUCACCGGCAAAUUGGGUGCUUCAGGUAAAAGCCACAGGAUUAAUCCUCAUUGGCUGCAAUGGACAUAUCCUUUGGCCUCUCAGCCCAUUAUAGUGCCUAUAUUUAAUCCUCUUGCAGCCCUCGCAGCUACAAGAGGCUUAAAAAUAGGCACUAAACCCUGCUUCUUGCUGGCUGGGAUAGAAGCAGCAGCCACAGAAGCCCAGCAUCUCCAUGCUUCUAUUCCGAUAAAGAAAAUCAGCUUCCCCACUUAAGACAUACCCUGGCCACACCUCAAUAUUAGAGGGCUGGGUUUUGGGGGUGGCACACAGUGUCUGUGGCAUGCAAGUGAAUACUUCCAUCUGCAUAGCUACUGUAACUUCUCACAUAAAACACAUCCCGGCAUAUAAUAUGCACCAUGUUUUUUGUAAGGCAGAACAAAGAAAGGAGGAUAUUUCCUGGCAGCAUGCAACUGAGUUGCAGCAGCUAGCAGUAAGCAGCAGGACCUGCUCUUACCAUAUUUCUUGCAUUGAAUGCGCACUACAGUUCCCAGAAGCUGGUUUUGGAGAGGGGGAAAGGUGCCAGAUUAUAUGAAAAACAUAGCAUGCUAGAAUUGCACCCCUUAUAGACACCUGAUUGCUGACUAAGCCACCUUUUUCUGGAGUAAUGAGCGUGCCAGCUGGCUUGGGGGGCUAUGAAAAUCCUGUCCAUUCUCUGCCAGAAAUGACCUCUUGGAUAUAGGACAUCAAGCCAAUGCUCCCAUCCACAACAGCUUCCUCUUCAGUUAUGACACCAUGGCCUCAAAUCAGAGCAUCGUCUUCUGUCCCCCUGCCCUGUGGAUGAAGGGGAAGUGAGGGGUAGCAGACAGUGCAGUAAAUAAGGAUGGAAAUUGUAUUAAAGGUUCUUGUGGAUA